UGGCGGAAGUAAAACCUCUGGUGCGGGUCACAAACACAGGGACUCAAAUACACUGAAGAUGUGUGUCGACCCGUCUCUAGAAUCAAACUCUCGUCACGGGGAAUCCAGUUAGAAAACUUGGGGGCAUAAAUUCGGCCAAAGGAAGUAGGCUGUGGGACUGUGCUUUUGAAUCUACCAUGAAGACACAGGUGACUGUGGCUCGAAAGCGGCCAUCUGAGACAAAAGUGUCCGGAGCUGGACCUGCUCUGUCUCUGCAGGAGGAGCUGGUUGCAGCGAUACAUGGAGCGUUUGAAGUGGCGGUGGAGAUCGCCGUACGAGAGGUUUCAAAGCUCUUAGGUCAGGCGACAGGAGACAUUUGUGAGAAGAUGAGACGAGAGAACGAGACCCUCAAACAGAGACUGCAGGAAGCUGAGGCACUGUUGGACUCUAAUCAGCUCCUGAAUGCAGCCAAACAGAAAGAUCAACCUACCUGCUCCAAAUACAAGCAGAAAAACCCAAAUCUAAUGAUGGACAAUGGAGUCAGAAGUGUCAUCGGAGCAGACCACCGGCUUCCUGAUCCCCAACAAGAACAACUGAGCAGGAAAAAAGAGCAGACAACAGGCGAUGAUGUGAGGAGACCUGUCAGUGAUGCAGUCACUUGUGAUUCAUUCACUGUCGGUAUGUAGCAGCUUUUAGAUCCUGUAUGUUUACUGUACAUUCAUAAUACUCUGGCUCAUGUAGAGAAGCAGUUUGAACUCUAAAGUAUGUACAGAAAUGUAAUGUUCACGUGAUGCUGACCAUAUUCACACAUUUUUGGACACACGUGCAAAAUUAAGUGACAAACAUUUCCUGUUGUAUGUGUUUAAACAAUCAUCAACAUUAACUGGGUGGAAGAGACAAUUCUGUGCAUCCUACAUGCAAAUGAAACAGUAAUGACAAAGGGUUCUAUCUUAUUAGAGUUCCAGUUUUCCUCUUUAUGUGAUAGUGUACUGAAUUUUGUCUCAGUUCUUGAGGGCACUUUGCAAUUGGCAAUAUUAUGGAAUCACAAUCUCAUAUUUAAAUCAACUGUGAGGAACUUUUGGUUUGUGGCAAUUUGGCACUCCCUUGUGGACAAAGUCCUUGCUUUUCUUGUCCUAUAUAGGCUAAAGUUGUAUCAAUUUUUUUAACUGAAAAAAAGUCACCAUUUUGACUCAUGAUGCUCAAAUUUAUCAUUGAUUGUAAAUAUUUUCUGUUGAAACUGUAAAAGUAGAUCUGCUACCCCAGCUGCUUGGCUGGUACCUACCCUAAUCCUCUAGUUUCAGGUACUAAAAAUUGCAAUAUAAAAUUCAGCAACUGUAUUGCUGAUGGUCUUGUUUGCUUUUGUUUAUCAUAAAAAGGCAACAAGAUUAAUAAAAAUAAAAAGGCAAUUACACCAUUUUAACACAGAGGUAUGAGUUGGGUUAAAAUUCUCUUAGUAAGCACUCCCAAGAAAUCUUCUUAUAUACUGUUUUAUUGUCAAGGUCUGGUACUAUGUAACCUAUUCUUCAAUGUUUUCUUUCACAGAAUCCGGUGAUGAAGCAUCUGCUGCAUGUGUGGUCAGAGCAAACCACGUUGACCCAACAUGUCAAAACCCAAACACCCAAGAUCCCUACUCCCUACCUCUUCCUUGUGGGGAAGACAAUUCCACCUUGGAGCAGAUUAAUUUGAAGCAAGAGGAAACAUCUACAGAGGAAAGAGGUGGUUCGAGUUGUUUUUUAGACUCCAUCAAAGUGGAGGAUUUUAGCCCUGAGUGUAUGUCAGCAGUUCAGUCCAAAAUGCUAGAGGAGUGGAAACCAGAAGCACUGGAUGAUCGGAGUGGAGACUCAGACACUCAGGGUGAGAAAGACAAACAAAACACUACUAAAUGUCUGUUUUAUAGAAACGCAUUAAAGCAGGAGAACUGAGUUUAUGAAAUCCUCCUUAAGAUCAAAAGACAUUGAGACACUUAAUUAUUUGAUAUUUGUAGCAACAAAUGAAAAAAAUACAGCGGUUCAUAUCCUGUUGUCCAUUAUUAGAUUUAGGUCUUAUCCUCCUCCUCAAAUGAAUGAGAAAUUAGGCCAUUGAGAGAAAAAGUUAAAGACAUCAGAAAAACAUACAAUUUACUACAUUUGAACACACAUCUGUUUUUUUGUAAGUCAGUCAUUUGCCUUCCUACUGAUUGUCUUUGUGGUUGUAGUGAGGACUAAGAUGAAAAUACUAUCAGCAGGUUUGAUUAUAGUCACACUGGAUCAGCUUCAUGCAUACAGGUACUUUUGCUUAACUUUAGCAUCCAGACUUAGAGUAUGGCUGCUACAAAGCCAUAUAUCCUUAGUUUGUUUAUAAAGUACCAUUCAUACAAAUGUGAGCCACUCAGUUGGGAAAACAAAUAAAUGAAUAAAUAAAAUAUGACAGCAGAAUCUCACCAUCCUGACAGACAAAUGAUAUAAAUUUGACUUUAGCUUUGAAAGCUUCAGUUCUACCCCUGCAUGUAAUUCUUUGAAUUUCUUUCCUACAGCUGCUUCAAAUCAGACCUUCCAUCUUGCACCACCCCCAAAUCCUCCAGCCCUCUCUCCAGAGUUCCCAAACAUCUUUCCUCCAGCAGAGCCCGUCCCUGUACCAGAGGCCACUUCACAAGCUUAUGGUGUCCGUGUAAGAAGCAGUCGCAACUUUGGUAACCUCUAUGCCUGCAAGUACUGCAACAAGAUCUUCCACCUGCCCAGCCUUCUUCGAAGGCACUAUGGCCAGUGCCAGCACAGGCCCCAGCAGUGUUACCAGCUGCCUGUAGCAGGAAGCAAGAGGACCAGGCUGCAGCUUUACCCUCCUGGGUGCAGCCCCUUCCGCUGCAUGGAGUGCAGCCGAGAGUUCAAUCGAAUGGAGAACCUCAAAACUCACCUCCGCAUCCACACAGGAGAGAGACCAUACACCUGCUCCGUCUGCUCCAAGUGCUUCCGUCACUCCGGAGCGUUAACCAGACACUUUCGAAUCCACACGGGGGAAAAGCCUUAUGUCUGUGGACAGUGUGGGAAGUCUUUUAGGAACUGUGGGGGGCUUAAAUUCCACCAGAGAUUACACAGCCAGUAGCAACAAUACAGUGGGACUUAUGUGAGAUGUAAAUCCUGGUGUCAAUUUUUUUACGUCGCUAAAAUGUUAGACAGGGUUUGACCGUCUGUAAACCCUAACGCCAAUGUUGAACCAAUACGAUAAAGUGACAGUUUCAUAAAUGUUGCUUUUCGGGACUAUAUAUAGAAAUAGAAAAUCAGUAACAUUGAUCAAGUAUCUCCUGUAAGAAAAACAACUGAAAAACGAGAACCAUUCACUUAUUUAUUUUUUUGACAUAUAAGAAUGCUACAACCUAGAUACCGGGCUGUGAAGAUACUGAAGGGCCUACAUAUAUUUAAGGUGUAAACUUAUAUUAGUAUCUGGAUUCACCAUACACUGCCAGGUGAUGGUCUGAACUGAUAAACCUUCCCUCAGGUUUGCACAUGUAGGUAAAGAGUAUUGUUUUAAAGCUCUUGUCUAGACAGCAGCUUCUCUACAAGUCACUAAGCAGUCAGUCAAAUCAUCUUAUUGUUUUACAGCUUUUAUAUUAAACCAAAUUUACGUUAUUAUGUCAGGAGAAAUUGACCAAGAAGAAAAUAUACUGUGGCAAUGUGAUGUAUCAUUUUUGUUGAUGAUUCUUCCGAAGGUGUAUCAAGAAAACAUGCAUAUCCCAUUCGUGGAAAUGUUGUUUGUUAUUUUUGUGUGCCUGUAAUGUAUUUAAAUAUGAUAUUUUGUCCACAGUAUAUGACAAAUAACUUCAGUGAAUAAAAAUAUUACAAAUGCUCAUACAGUGGCCAAAGUGCAUCA